CAUGGGCAGAGCAGCGCCUGGUCCUUCUGAGCUCACGCCUCAGCUGCUCCCUCCCUACAGUUUGGGAAAAGCUUAGCCUUUAUUCGCAAAUAGAUUGGGCCAACCCUCGGGCUUAAAGUGACUAUCCCCUCUUCUUUGCAGGAUCUGAAGCAAAGCAUAUGACAGUAUGUUGAAGCUGUGUGGACUUCAGUUUCUGCUCAUCGUUCCCUUGGUUGUGUGCCAGAAUGUGGGGGACCUGAAUGUAUCUGGGCCUCUGAAGGACAUGAAUUUCUCUAUUCCAGAAGGAGGGGGACUGCGCUUCAUUUACCAGUUCACAUCCAAGCCACCUGCUGUGAGUUUCAGAGUGACUGGUGAAAAAGAUAGAAUAAUUGACAUUGGGCAGAAGAAUGGCAUCCUGUAUCUCAAUGGGUCUCUGGACUGGGAGACCAAACCAGUGCACAGGCUGCAGGUGGAAAGUCUGGAUGAAAAGAGAAACAGAGUGGAAGGUCCAUUCACUGUUACAAUAUAUGUGGUGGAUAUCAAUGACAACCCACCAGAAUUUGACAAGAUAAAUUACACUGGAAUAGUGAGGCAGAACUCCCGCCCAGGCAAGCCCUUCAUGUAUGUCCACGCCACUGACCGUGAUGAUCCUACAACUCCCCACGCACAGCUGAUGUACAGCAUUCUCCAUCACUUUCCCAACCCUUAUAAAGAAAUGCUUUUCCAGAUUGAUAGUGUAACUGGAGCAAUCUCACCGAGUAAGACAGGCUCUUAUUACUUAGAUCCUCAAAAGCAGGACACCUUCACACUUGUCGUCACCGUGAAAGACAUGGCAGGGUUGACAACGAACGCUUUCACCAGCAGCACCGAUGUGAUCAUCACUGUGAAGGAGAGCCUGUGGAAAGCUCCCCCCACCAUCCACAUCCAAGAAAACUCAACCCAGAUCCACCCUGUCAACAUCAGCCAGGUGCAGUCAAAUGAGCCAGAUGUAAUUUAUGACCUUUUUGAAAGAGAAAAGCUGCCCAGGCUCCCAUUUUCCAUCGAUCAGAAGGGGGUUAUUUAUGUGACCGAACCGUUGGACAGGGAAGAAAAGGAUAGCUAUACUUUCUUUGUGGUCACAAAAGAUAGCAAGGGAGACCUGGUGGACAAGCCUCUGCAGGUCCGUGUUGUCGUGGAAGACAUUAAUGACAAUCCCCCUGUGUGCCAGCAGGAACUCACUGUAAUUGAAGUUCAAGAAAAUGAAGGUGCAGGCAGUACCAUCGGCACCCUGAAAGCUACAGACAUGGAUGAGGUGGGCACCCUUAACUCUCGUCUGCAGUUCAAAAUCAAAAGUCAGGUUCCUGCUCUUCCUUCAAGUAAACCGUUCUUCAUUCAGCAAGACACUGGGGUUUUGCAGUUAACCAGCCAAUUGUUAAACAAGCGCAUUGCAUCCAACUAUUCCUUGAAGGUGCUGGUGACAGAUGCAGUAUUCCAAACAAUCUGUGAUGUGCAAGUACAUGUCAUCGACAUCAAUGAUAAGAUUCCCAUCUUUGAAAAAUCAGAUUAUCACAGUGUGACUGUUGCAGAAAAUCUCCCAGUAGGAACAGUGAUAUCAGAAAUUCAAGCUACCGACGGAGACGAGCCUGCCACAGGGAGCUCCUACAUCAUUUACCAAGUGAAGGAAGGAGAUCCAAACAAGACGUUCACCAUAGUGACAGAUCCUGAAACAAACCGAGGGUUUGUCAAGAUUAACAAGGCUCUUGAUUUUGAAGCAGCUUCAGUGUACAACCUGGUGAUCAAUGCCACAAACCCCGAACCGCUGGUGCCAGGCGUGCAAUACAACUCAAGCUCCCUUACCUUGCUUCAAGUUCUUGUAACAGAUGUGGAAGAACCACCUGUUUUCCUCAAGACAGUUUACAAUGGAGAAGUGUCUGAAGAUGUUUCUGUAAAUACCCUGGUCAUGACAGUGAAGGCCUAUGAUCCUGAGGGGGAUACUGUACGAUACUCCAUAGAAGGUGAUGUAAGGAAAUGGCUGAGGAUUGAUUCAAGCACUGGGCAGAUAUACACUGCUUCCACUUUGGAUCGAGAACAGCAAGAAACGUACAGUGUUGAUGUUGUUGCAUAUGAGCUACAUAACGCAGCUCAGAAAUCCAAAACAACCUUGGUACUACACUUAAAGGAUGUGAAUGAUAACCCUCCACAGUUAGCUAUGGAUUAUCCUCCUUUCUUCUGCUACCCACUCAUUGGAGGAGAGAGAACUUUAAUUCAAGCGACUGAUGCUGAUGAACACUUGUAUUCAAAAUUUAGUUUUUCUCUCGCAAAUGAUAUGAAUGCCAGAAAUAAUUGGGAAAUCUCAAAGGUUAAUGGUACUUAUGCUUACCUCUCUCCGAAACACACUAACUUUGAAGAGAAGGUGUAUACUGUUCCAGUAAUAAUUACUGACAAUGGAAAACCACCUUUGGAAAGAAAAGUGAAUCUUCAAGUAAACAUCUGCAAGUGUUCAAGUGAAAAUUCAUGUUUUAUCGAAGUAGAGCAUGACCAUUCCAGACCAAGCGUCGGCCAGGCCAUUGGGAUUCUUAUUGGGGUCCUGCUCAUCAUUGGUUGUGUUAUAGGGGGUGUGUUUCUUCACAUGAAAUACAAACAGAAAAAUGAAAAUAAGACCUAUCAGAAAGAUGCAAAUGAUAAUUCUGAACUCAAUAGACUGAAUUAAUGACUGUUUCAUCAAGAGACAAAAAUGCCCUUUGGGUUGGGAAGGAGUGAGCUUCAUCACUCCCAAAGCCCAGAAGUAUACGAUCACAAACUGAGGAUACACACAUGCAAAAGCAGGCUCCCAGGGCUUUGUCCUCACUUUUGUAGGUAAUACUAUUCAAUCAGUCAUGAAAAAAAAAUGUACAUAGACUUCAGCAGCCUCCAUUAACAAGAAUAUCAGCUUUGACUGAAGUGUUAACUCAUGACAACACGAAAUGCUGAGCUCCUGCAAGGAUCAACACAUGGGACCAGCCUUCAGCCUUCUUUUUUUGUCAGCUGACGUAAAUACGGACUUUCCAGAGGACUACAUUUUAUCUAACUGCACAUCUUUGGCUCUUUCCACCUCCGUAAGUUACUGAAUAUCAAAAUGGGGAAUGAAGUCCUGUGCCACAUUUGAAGAUGUCCCGUGAAGUCUCAGGAAUCUCUCUGACUCUAAGCAAAGGAGCUCCCAAACUUAUUGCAAUUUGUAAUCUGCCCAGGGUCAUGCCUGCUUACAUUAUCCUGGUGAAUUUGUGCUAGCAAUAUUAACUAGCAGUGUGACAUUUCAGUUUUUCAUUUUUGAUAUCCACAGAGUAUAACCAGUUUGUGAAGCACCAUGGCCUUUCACUACAAUUUCUAUGUUAAAAAAUACAUGUUGAGUCUUAUCUCAUUGGGUAAUGUGCUGUUUUAUGAUACUGCUGCAAGUAUUAUUCAUGCCUCUAUAUAUUAGAUAAGAAUAAAAAUAUUCUUUAAAGGUUUUAGUGUCUGCCUAUUAUAUUAAAAAAAAAAAAAGAUAGGUAGUGCAUGAGAGCAAACCAUUGCUGCUUGGUUAUCUAUUGUAUUUAACCCUCACUUUUGCAUAAUGCAGAUUAAAAACAGCUCUCAGGCCAGAGUGAUACGUGUCCGGCUGAUUCAAGAUGUAAUGAUUACUGGAGGCAUUUGUAUCUUGGUUUCAGUAAAAUGUAUUUGAGCCCAGGAUGACACUCA